AGACUAUUUGCUGUUGUUCAGAUAAAUGGCCGUCAAUUCAAGAUAACAUCAGAAGACAUCAUUAAUGUUCCUUUACAUUUUCAUCCUACAAGUGGUGAUAGGAUUCGAUUAGAAAAGGUUUUAAUGGUUGGGGGAAAAGAUUUUACUAUGGUUGGCAGACCCUUACUGAGUCGUGGUCAAGUUAAAAUAGAGGCUACAGUUGUUGAAAAGACUUUAUCACAUCAUAAAGUACAUUAUUGGUAUAAGAAAAGGCACCGUAUUAGAAAA